GAAGAAAAGAAGUCGAAACGAUGCUGAUUUGCGGAUUCCCGUCCCGCCCAACAUUAGCCCCGCCUCCGCUUCUGGGCGGCUGGCGCGAAAACCCUGGAUUUAUUGCCAGUAUGCACCGAGCCGUCGACAAGGACGCUCCCGAAUUGUCAGUUACCGUGUGUUAGUUUACGUGUGUAUGCGAAGCUGGAGUGGACAGGAUGAGCUCCGUGCAAGAAGAGAAGGUUCCUACCGAGGGACCAAAAACUCAUGUACGGGAGUUGAGGAACACAGAACUGGUGUCACGUCUUCUAGCAGCCACUCCACCUUACCUCUACAGCGCUUUACCGCUGCAACCACAUGCGUUCUUCUUCAGUGAAAUGCUUCGAUCCUUUGUAAAUGCACGUCACGGCUGCAGACCACCACAUUACCAUCGCCGCUUCAAGCGCCGAACGCACAAAUAUUUCGCUGAAAAUGAAAACGAUUGGCGACGUGAAUGGCCUAAGCAUGAGGAAGAGAAGAAAGAACCAGAGACGCGGCCUGAGGUUCCUUUGGAGCUGACUGUGGACAAACAUACUAGAGUUCGUGAGCCAUCACCGCGCCAAUUAUCUCCGAAGGCUGAGCAGGCCAAGCCUAGCAGCAGCCCUGGCCCACCAGGUCGGCAAUCUUCUUAUGUAGACGUUGGAACAGAAGAACUUCCAAAGCCUUCUCCAUGCGUUGGUCGAAGCACUGAGACGUCAGCGGUACCCCAAUCAAACCUAAUUCUCCCUCCUCCACCACCAAUGUGGUAUCCACCUCUGUACAAUCCUGGAGGUUUCGGCGUAGAUCCUUUGAAUUUCUUCAUAGAUCUGCGUGUAUCUGGACACAUUUACGAUAGGAAGAGGGCUUUAGCUGAAGGCGUGGAGAAUACACAGGAGGCUACUAGGGAUGAAAGUUUAGACAAGAGGCUUGCUAGAGACUUCGUUCAGCGACCUCGACAUGUGUCAGCCUUCUCUGUACCAGUUCGUUCAAGCAGCGUUCCAGAAACAGAGAAGUAUUUCGAGCAUACUGGUGCGAAGGUAGCGAGCAAUGCGAAUGGGACGUCCUACAUCAUGAGGAAUCUGAAACGUGUGUACGAAGAUGUUCAUAGCACGCAAGAUGUCAAAGACAGUGCCAAAGUCAGCAAGAAUGAUGACACAAAAGCUGAGUCGUCAGAUGUUGAUGAUGAAGAUAUUAUAGAUUAGGAAGAUUUAUCUAAAUGUAAUCAAUUUAAAAAUAAUUAGCUACACGUAUAGCAGUUCGCUUAAAAUAUUUCGAAAGGAUAAAACAAUGUUAAUGCAGGAGUUCCCAACCUUUGAUCACGGACAACUUUUAUAACAUUUGUUAGGUUAAGGACCACUGUUACAUUA